UUAGUCAAAAAAGAGAAAGAUGAGUAAAACCUCCUUUCUCUUGUGGUGCCUUUUGGCCAUAUUCACAUCAUGUUGCUACUCCAUGCCUCUCUCAGUUCAGAAGAGAUGGAUCAUCGACGAUGCAACAGGAAAACGCGUGAAGCUUCACUGCGCUCAUUGGGUGGCUCAUGCCAAGCCAAUGCUUGCUGAGGGUCUUAACAAAAUGCCCUUGAAUGAUAUCGCCGCUAACGUGGCCAAAGCGGGGUUCAACUGUGUUCGUUUGUCUUAUGCCACGUACAUGUUCACUCGCCAUGCUAACCAAACCGUGCGUCACACCUUCUCCACUCUUGACAUUCCUGAGAUGGUGACAGCAAUCGACAAACACAACCCUACCAUCUUGAACAUGACCCAUCUUGAAGCCUAUGAGGCUGUGGUUGAUGCUCUAGGAGCACACGGCGUCAUGGUGCUCAUUGAUAACCACGUUAGUUUGCCAAAGUGGUGCUGUUCCAAGGAAGAUCAGAAUGGAUUCUUCGGUGACAGACAUUUCAACACUGAUGAAUGGAUUCAAGGCUUGGCUUUUAUAGCCCACCACUUCAAGGGUAAACGCAAUGUAUUUGCGAUGGACUUGCGAAACGAGCUUAGGGGUUCACGUCAAAACUUGCCGGAUUGGUACAAGUACGUGACGCAAGGAGCGAAGACAAUUCACGAAAUCAGCCCCGAUUUUCUAGUUGUUAUUUCAGGGAUAAGCUUUGACAACGACCUUAGCUUCUUGAAGAACAAGGCUCUUGGCUUAAACUUCACUAACAAAAUCGUGUAUGAGUCGCAUAUAUAUUCCUUCUCAGGAGACUCAAAAAAGUGGAAUCUGCAGCCAGUGAAUUGGGUGUGCCACUCUGUCCUUCAAACGUUGCACAGCCAAUCAAGCUUUCUUCUGAGUGGUGACAAUCCAGCACCUUUGCUUGUGAGUGAAUUUGGCUACGACAUGACCGGUGCAGAUUCUGCUGAUAACAAAUACCUUGCAUGCGUUGCGGCUUAUUUUGCCUCCGUGGACUUGGAAUGGAGCUUGUGGGCUUUCCAAGGAAGCUAUUACUAUAGACAAGGCAGAGUUGGACCUGGGGAACAUUAUGGUGUCAUGAACGACGAUUGGAAAAGUUAUAGAGACCCACAUUUCUCCCAAAAAUUCCAACUUCUACAAAGGAUGGUUCAAGAUCCAAAUUCAAAGGCCUCAAAGUCCCAUAUAAUGUUCCAUCCAUUGACUGGUUACUGUGUUCAUGUGAAUAAUACUAAUACGCUUGUGAUGGGUAAUUGUAAGACUAAUAGGCUAUGGAAUUUCGAAGGAAAUGGAUCUCCAAUUAGGUUGAUGGACUCUGCGUUGUGUCUAAAGGCAGCUGGUGAAGGGCUUCCUCCAACUCUUUCAGAAGAUUGUCUGUCUCCACAAAGUUCUUGGAAAACUGUUUCAAUGACUGGUCUUCACUUAGCCACCUUGGACAAGAAAGGGGGGCUUUUGUGCUUGGAGAGGGAUUCCAAUACUUCCCAGAUAGUGACCAACAAAUGCAUCUGCAUAGGAGAUGAUGAUUCUUUGUGUUUGGACAAUCCCCAAAGCCAAUGGUUCAAGCUUGUUCCAACCAAUAUGUUUAGUUAGGAAUUAGGAAUUGUGGAGUUUGCUAGCUAGGUAGUAGUUGUGUUAGGGAAUAAUAAUGUUGUUGUCUAUGGCACCAACUUCAUGUUAUGUUAGUAGGAAACUAAUAUGAAUAAAGCUAU